AUGAGCAUCUUCAAUAAUCUAGUUCGCUACAUCGCCAGUUUUCUAGGAUUGCUAAAUUCUAGAUAUGAUGAAGAGAUAGCUGGAAAAGGUAUACGUGAUUGCCAGAAAGGGAUUUGGAGGAUCAAAAGUGCUAUGAAAACAGUUAAAACUAUAGGUGAAAAACAACAUCUCCAGGCUUGUUUAAAUAAUAUUAAGACAUUACGAACUCAGAUAAAAGCUAUGGAGAAGAAAGGGGCGGGGCUUAAAUCACAACCUGAGAGGGCAUGGAAUCGUGUGCACUGGAAUGAAUCAGAGUCGGCGUUUGAAAGUAGAAUUAUAAGCGGAGUGAUCACCAAUUUAAAACAUAAAGAUCCUAAAGCUUUCUUAAUUGAUGCAAAAGCCAUUUUUAAACAUAGAAUACAAACGGUUCUAAGAAAAGAUGCCGCUGUAAAAAUCAAUACUGUUUUUGCUGGAGAGUUUGAAAUUGUAAAGGGAGAUAGUGUUCUUAAUAAAAACAAGUACUUUACUACCUCAAAUUCUCCAAUCUAUCGAGACACAAACCUUGAUGUGUGGUUUGACAUGAAGGUGAUCAAUCCUAUUAUAAUUGAGUUGGAAGAGUUUCAGGAACGAGACAGCGGAUGGGCUUUAAAAAAGAUUAUGAACUUGGGGGUGAACAUAAAUAAAUUUACUCCUCAGCUUGGGUCAGCAUACAUUGACUUACCCCCACAAAUUAAGAAUAAAAACGCAUGUAUCAACGUAAAAAAUGAUGACGAUGCUUGUUUCGCAUGGGCAGUCAUCUCUGCUUUAUAUCCUGCUAUCAAACAUGCUGAUAGAACCACAUCAUACCCUCACUACACUAAUAUUUUGAAACUGAAAGGAAUUCAGUUUCCGAUGACGGUUAAGCAAAUUCCCAAUUUCGAGAAGCAAAAUAAUUUAUUUAUAAAUUUUACAUUCUUCAAAAAAAUAAAGUCAAUUAUCACUCUACCGAAUUACCUUACAAAAAACAAAACCGAUCGUCACAUUAAUCUUCUCCUAAUCCAAGAUCGAUAUGAUGAUGCUCCUUCAACAUAUCAUUAUGUAUGGAUAAAAAGCCUCUCCAGGCUACUUUUGAAACAGCUAAGUAAAGAAAAUGGUCAAAGUAUAUUAAGACCUACCAAUGACCCCCGAAAGCCUCAACAUCAUGUUCCAGCUGCUGUUGGAUACUAUAUUAAAUGUAUUUACGAUAAUAGUCUUUCUUUUUACAAGAGCUAUAGCGGGCAGGACUGUAUGGCAUGGUUUGCGGAUGAGAUGAGUAGUUUGGCUGAAGAUUUGGCAACUCUGUUUUGGUGUAUUGAUAUGACGUUUACCCAAGAGAUGAGCUUUCGUAAGGCAACAUGUUGUCACAUCUGCGAACAGGCUUUUACUGCAGAAGACAAGAAAGUACGUGACCAUAACCAUGUAAUUUCGAAAAAUAAUUUUCGUGGAGCCGCGCAUGAAAGCUGCUUCACUUGGGACGCUAUGUUAAAACAUACUAAGCAGGAGUUGGAGCUGUUAACGGAUCUAGAUAUGUUUCUCUUUGUUGAGAAAGGGAUCCGUGAAGGUCUUAGUCAGGUGUGCUCGAAGAGGAGAGCUCACGCUAACAUGUAUAUUAACAACUAUGAUCCCUCUAAACCGAAGACCUUCCUAAUGUACUAUGAUGUUAAUAUUCAGUAUGGCUGGGCAAUGUCACAAUACCUUCCCUAUGGUAGCUUCGAAUAG